GCGUUGCCCCCGCCGCAGCCCGUUUUAUCGGCCGUCCUGUAUUCCAGGUUCCUGCAUCUUCGGUGUGGGCACCCGGCUGUGACAGCUUGCAGCUUCACAGCUGGGUGCCCCAUUGCGCAUGCACGAGUAGAGCUGCGCUUCGUGAAUGGCCCCGUCAUCUUCUGGGACCUGUCACGUGUCCCACAAGACUACGGGGGGGGGGAGGGUAGAAGGACAACUUCCACUUUCGAUCGCCUAGGUGAUCACAGCGGAAGUGGGAGCAGGUACCUAUGAAUUUUAAGUACCCGCUCCCCAAAGGUGCCAAUCC